AUGGCAAACGACAGGGAAGUUUUACGGGAAAUUUGGGAUGGAAAACUCCCUGUUUGUUUUCAAUUAGAUCAAGAAGAAAUUAUGGAAAUUCAGCAACCGGACCCCUUUUACGUUAUGGUGCCUCGAUUAAGUUAUUUCCCCCUUGUCAUUGAUAAGAUGAAAAGACAUUUUUUGCGUUUUAUAUCUCAAGAAAAUGCUGAUAAUGAAAUGUGGCUUGAUUAUAAUGGGCAACCUUUAAAAUGGCACUAUCCAAUUGGUUUCCUGUAUGAUUUAUAUUGUGGUAGUGAUCCUCAAACACCAUGGAUAUUGACUGUACACUUUAGUAAAUUUCCAGAAAAUAUUUUACUUCACUGCCCCAACAAAGAUAUUGUAGAGGCACAUUAUAUGUCAACAGUUAAAGAAGCAGAUGUUCUUAAACAUAGAGGACAAGUAAUGUCUACUAUGCAAAAGAAAGACCAUAACCAACUAUGGCUAGGAUUACAGAAUGAUAAAUUUGACCAGUUCUGGGCCAUAAAUAGGAGAUUAAUGGAGUCCCAUGGGGAAAGUGAAGGAUUCAAAAAUAUACCAAUAAGAAUAUAUUCUGAAGAUGGUACCUAUAUUCAAAGACUCAUAAAUCCCAAGAACAGCGACGGGAGUAGAAAAGUAGUUCAGCAGCUUAUAUCAGAAUUAUAUCCAGAAAAUCCUGUUAAAUUGAGAACACAUGGUAUAAAUAUCCCCCUCGACACACCACUACAAUGGCUCUCUGAACAUAUGAGUUACCCUGAUAACUUUCUACAUGUCUGUAUAUGUUAG